GGGUUUUGAAGCCUUCUCAUAAGGCUUUGAUCUUUACAGCACCCCUUUGACGGGUAAGGUGAGUAUUUUCUCUGCUUUACAGGCAACGGUAUGCCUUUUAAUGGGGAUGAUUUUAUAUGCUUUAAAUAUUUUAAGCAGGUUUUUGAGAGUUCCAACAAUGUUAGUAGAAGCACCCACUUACAUGUGACACAGAUGGAUCAAAAUAUAAAGAGAACACUUUUAAAACCAAGUAUGUCUCAGCAUCUGUGUCAAAUAAGGCCAUCAAGGACUCUCUUGGGGGAGCUUAUACCCUCCCCCCACCAAGUUCUUCAUCAGCAUCCCCUACUGUUUUGGUGUUGAUAAUUAUUGUUUUCUGAGUCUCUUGUAAACUGCCCUAUAAGUGGAACUUCGAUGCCGCACUCCAACACCAAACUCCUCCUGUAGAGGUACCUACCUUGAAAUUGACACUGACCAAGUUCUGCUCUCAGUUUGGCUCUUACUUCCUAUUGAACCCUAGCUAGUCUUGACUUUUCUGAGACUGAGUCUUCAUGUUUACAAGGAGGGAUUAGAUUUUGAUCUUUGAGUUUGCUCCAGCCUCUAUGAGUUUUACGUGUUACAGCUGUAAAACGUUAAAACACUUCUCAUCUCUGAUACCCAGGAAUAAUCGUUUCGGCUAGACAGAUGCCAACACAGUCUCACCUAAUUAUGGAAAGAAAAAAUAAUCGUAAAGGCCAUGCAAAAAAAAGAAAUUGUGUCAUUGGUAAAGGGUUUUUCCAGCUACAUCUUCUAUUUUUUUCUUGUGGGGAGGUGGGGGCAUUACACGUUGUCUUUUGGUGAGUUGGUACCAAAGAGCUUUGAGAUUGUGUUAAACAGGCACAGACCCGAUUGGUGUACUCUCAGAAGAGUGAUUGGAUCUCUGUCAGAAAGACCACGCCAAGAUAAAAAUACACAGAAGUCGAAACCAACUGGAGAAGCACAAGAAAUAGUGUGGCCAAAAUCCUAAUACCAUCACAAGUCAGUAAACACCCCCUUCUAUGGAAAACCAUCCCAGUAAUCCCAGCACUAUACUUUUCCUUCUGUAAGACCAUGGCAAUAAUAAUCUUGGCCGUGUGGCAAACCCUGCUCUUUUAAGGACUGGAUGAAAUCACUUCAAGUAAAACACUUAGUUAAUGCCUGGCAGACGUUACAUAGUAACUUUAACAUUAUUGUUAUUGUUUUCUCAUUUAAUGCUUGCAGUAGCCUCAUGCGGUGGCUACUAUUGUUAUUUCCCUUUGGAAAGGAAGGGGUGAUAAGAAUACGCAAAGCUUCAUGGAGAGAGGCUCUGGCCCCAUCCUCAUUGUGAGGCAAGAAGAGGCAAAGCUAGGGUUAGGAGCGAUCCCUGGCUUCGAAGUUUCCGUCCCAAACUUCUAUCCUCUAGGCGCCCCUUGUGUCUGGCUCCCGGGGUCAAACGCGGAGGUUGCUUUUCAUGCAAGUUCUGGGGUCACCCCCUGCCCCCGCCCCGACCCAGCACAGCUCUCUUAGUACCGAAUUCCUCAGGCUCAGUCCAGGCCAGUCGACUCCAGCUGAUGGUGGAGAAACGCAGAGGUGAGCGUGGCCUCGCCGGUGGGCUCUCUGAGCCUGGGAUGGUUUGGGGAAAUAGGCGUCAAGGACGUGGGGCAAGUUGGCUUCGCGAAGCCAGCAAGGGAAAGGUAGGGAGGGCGUGACAUCAUCUGUUCAAUUAACAGCCUCCCCUGAGGCUUCCAGAAUGCAAAAAUAUUCCCUUGAUUCUCAAAGUGGGUGGUUUACUGAUUUCACUGCUUCCACCCCAAACUGAGAUGCAGCGGCUUUUAGCCAGAUCUGGGCAGGCUCUGGAUGUUAAAUCCAGCCCUUGACUUAUUUUUUUCUUUUUUUUUUGUAAAGUGAAGGAUAACAGUCGCGGUCCCCUCUCAUCCCUCCGUGCCUCCAGGUUCCCGUCGCUGGUCUGGGCGACCCCGGCGCGCCGCGAAGGGACGACCCGCCCGCCAGGUUUGGGGGCUUCUCCGGGGGAGUCUGCGUGAGGUGGGAUCUGGAGCAGUCCGCGAGCUGGCGGGCAUAGCUCCUCACCGGAGACACUGAAACUGGAGGAGGUUCCCGUCCCGCCAAUCUGAUUUCCUGCGCUGCUCGCCGCCGCGCGCCGCUCAAGACCCGCGGUUAACUGCAAAAGGGUAGUUUGCUGAUCACUGCUGGUUAGAUCAAUACGGCGAGAGCAGAAAGAAAAGAUCCGAAAUACGAAAGCUCCCCGAAGCCGGGAAGGGGAGAAAAACGGCGGCUGACAUCACUCGGGGCGGGGCCGAAAGCCCUAAGAAAAGUCGGUAGGACCCGAGCGGCAGCCGCAGCCAGACACCACCUCAUCAUGAGCAGCCGCAACGGCUCCGAGCUCCACGUCCUCUGCAGCUCCGGCCAGCUGUUCUUGCAGCCCCUCUGGGACCGCCUCAGGACCUGGGAGGCCCUCAUACAGUCGCCCUUCUUCCCCGUCUUCUUCUCCAUCACCACCUACGUGGGCUUCUGCCUGCCCUUCGUGGUGCUGGACGUCCUGUGCCCCUGGGUGCCCGCGCUACGGCGCUACAAGAUCCACCCGGACUUCUCGCCGUCGGCUUGGCAGCAGCUGCCCUGUCUGGGGCAGACGCUCUACCAGCACGUGGUGUUCGUGUUCCCCAUGACACUGCUGCACUGGGCGGCCAGCCCCGCCCUCCUGCCCCCCGAAGCCCCCGAGCUGCUCCAGCUGGUCCGCCACGUCGUGCUCUGCCUGCUGCUCUUCGACACCGAGUUCUUCGUGUGGCACGUGCUGCACCACAAGGUGCCCUGGCUGUACCGGACCUUCCACAAGAUGCACCACCAGAACUCGGCCCCGUUCGCGCUGGCCACGCAAUACAUGAGCGUCGGGGAGCUGUUUUCCUUGGGUUUCUUUGACAUGAUGAACGUCUUGCUGCUCCAGUGCCACCCGCUCACUGUCCUGACCUUCCACGUGGUCAACAUCUGGCUGUCGGUGGAGGACCACUCGGGCUACGACUUCCCCUGGUCCACGCACAAACUGGUACCUUUCGGGUGGUAUGGGGGCGUGGAACACCACGACCUGCAUCACUCCCAGUUUACCUGCAACUUCGCCCCUUACUUCACACACUGGGACAAAAUACUGGGAACUCUGCGGUCUGCUAGCGCCAAGUGACAUGCAGGCACCGCUCCCGGCGUAGUAGUGUGUGCUGUGGUGAGGGGUGGGUGUACCUCAGACAUUGUGCAUUUCACCCUUGAAUCGGGAGAGACGCCCUUGAGGUUGCUUUUUUGUUUUAUUUGCUGGAAACUUACAGAGAAAAUCUGAUGUAUUUUUCACAAUCUAGUAAUUUAUGUAAUGUUUGUAUAUCAACAAUUAUAUUUUUGAUGUGGAAUUUCAGCUCACUUCAAUAGCCUUGAUAUCUGGGUACAAAGUAUCCAAAAUCAGUGGCGUAUUUAAAUAAUCUCUGAAAGGGUUUGUUUGAAGAACAAGGAGUUUUACUCUGUUUGAAGGUGUCCUAGAAGUAGGCUAGAAUAAUAUAUUUUUAUGGAGAAUCUGAUCUGUGACUCUGUAAACAAUGAAACAUGUUCCUGCUGGACAGUGACUAAGAUUAUUGUGCCUUUUUUCUUUGUUUUCAUAGAGCUGUAUAUUUAUAUCGAAGGAAACGUUAUUUAUGCUUGAAAAAAAGUUUUAAAAAAGGACAUAAACCAAACAAGUACUGGCUUCUGGCAUUUUCACUGGCAUUUUGACUGAUAGAAACUGGAAUGAGAAGAGGGAGCUGGGAUGGCAGGUGCUCUUCAGAGUCUGCGUCAGCCCAGCUGUGGGAAGAGGAAUCUGGUGGUGGCAGGUUUGGGGGAGGGGAAGCUUGUAGGAAAGGAGGUCAGAGAAGGGAUCUGUUUGUUGGUUUGGGUCUAGAGAUUUCACAGAGGGAAAAACACUGUUGUUCUGGAUGUGUUUUAGUUGAUUUCUGUGUAACAGAAAACUGAUAAAACUUACUCUGUAAAGUUUUACAGAGAGAUUAACACUGGGCCACCAUUGCAUUAUUUGGGGGGGAAAGGGUGGUGUUGGGGGAUGAGUAGAAUUAGUGAAGUGCCUUGCUUUGCAAAACGGGUAAGUCAAGUGUGUGCUUUAAAGGGGCUGAUAGGUAGGGGAGGGAUUAUGAGUGAGCCCCCCCUUUUCAUAAAGCCAUCUAAUACAAAUGACCAUCACACAUUGUCUCUGCAAUCUGAGAUUUUUGUAUGUUCACUUUUCUUUAUGAAGACUUACAUGCAAACUGCAUACUCGUUUCUCAAAGAAAGAAAAAAGUGAAAUUUGGCCCUAGAUCCCUAGUUCCUCACUUGCAAAAGGAGAUUGAUUGUGUCCCAGAUGUUCUCAUAGAUUACUUGUGACAGUAAAUGUGCCUAUAACUGACUGCACACCUGUCACCCAUCAGGUACCCCAUUCUGCUGCUGCAUAAUUGUUUUAAUUUUAUCUUUGGAACACCGUUUAGAUAGAUAGGGUAAAGGCAAACAAUCAAGACACUUUAGACAGAAGAUCUAAAGAGAGGCAGCUUUGCAUGGAAUUCUAGGCUCAUAAUAUAUGCACCAAACUAUCUUGUUUAAAGAUGAAAAAAAUCCAUCUAAAGACUUGAUAUCCAUACUCUGCCAAAUGAACCUCCCUAGAAAUAUGUUGCGGUGCUCCAAACCUUUGCAAGAUGCAAUCAGAGUGCCUGGCUGCCCCUCUGAUUUUCUC